AUGAAAAACUUCGGCAACAACUGCCUCGGGAAUAUGCCUCUCAACUUUGCCAUAGGGGGCCCGUGCCUCCGCGACUACGACUACCAGUCCGAAGUCGACGUCCUUGGCCGCGUGAGACAACUAGCCGCAUUCUUUGAUUCGGAACGUUCUGCAAGUAGGGCGUUCACUGUGGCCGCUUUCCUCGCCAACAAGGAGUGGCUGAACCCGAGCCAAUUCCACAGAUGGGGAGGAUUCGACCAAUCGCGGAAUGUAUAUGUCGAUACGGGCGUUCCAACCAAGAAGACAUAUAUCGCGCUUUGGGGGGUCAUCACCGGGUCCGUUUUCCUCGGCCUCCACCUUCUCGGGUUGCUAGUGCUUGCCCUGUACGCCUUUUGGAUGAGGCCAUUCACGCCUUGGUUGGGUGCAGAACUCGUUGUCAAGGCUGGUACGGCACAUGCCGAUAUUCUGAGCGCUGCCGAAGGGGACAAGCAGUGGAAGCAGACUGUUGCUGCGUGCCCAGGGUUCGUCGGGGACGAGAAACCCACGGAUGAUGUGGGUCGUAUCGCAUUUGGCGCUACUGCUGCCUUGAGCAGAACACGGGGCAAGAAGUUUGAGGAGCUAUAG